GUCAAAGGUUGUUGUUUGCGAAGGCUGACACUUAAAGCUCAGAACUUCUCAGAUGCUCCCCUUCAGGAUUGCUGAUCUGUACCGAAGUGCUGGAAUUCUAUUUGAAGGUAUGCACAGUGAGGACAUCUACAGCUCAGAGCUGCCUCUUUGUCUCGGGAGAUUGCAGGCUUCAGUUCAGAGAUGUGAGGCAUUUUAACGGCCUUAGAACAUUCUAUUCACAUACAAUCACAGAGACGCGCCAUGCGUGUGACCUGUGCCCACUUGUACUUGGCUGCCAUCUUGUGGGCGACACCGUGCAUUCGAGUGGGCGAGGCUCAAACCAACGCUACCGAUGUCGCUGGCGCCAUCGCCUCUGACGCAGAGGCAGUAUUGAGUCCACGGGGUAGGAGCAGCAGCAGCAUGCUUCGCAGCCGGUGGAAGCGCUACAUUUCCUCCCGGGACAUGACAGCGUUGCUGGACUUCCACAAUCGCGUGCGCUCCCAGGUCUUCCCGCCCGCUGCGAAUAUGGAAUAUAUGAUGUGGGAUGAAAGGCUUGCUAAGUUAGCAGAGUCCUGGGCCUCCCAUUGCUUUUGGGACCAUGGGCCUCCCCAGGUCAUGAAGUACAUGGGCCAGAACCUGUCCAUCAGCUCAGGAAGGUACCGGUCUGUUAUCGAGCUGGUGAGGUCAUGGCAUGACGAGAAGCAAUCCUUCUCCUACCCCAACAGAUGCAAUGGUGCUGUCUGUUCCCACUAUACACAGAUGGUGUGGGCUAGCACCAGUAGGAUUGGGUGUGCCAUCAACAGGUGUUCAAACAUGAAUGUGUUUGGCAGUAUGUGGAAGGAAGCCAUCUUGUUGGUCUGCAACUACUCUAUCAAGGGCAACUGGUUGGGAGAAACUCCAUAUAAGUUGGGGAAGCCAUGCUCAUCUUGUCCUUCUAUUUAUGGAGGAUCAUGUAACAAGAAUCAGUGCUCGAUGCCAAAACCCAGGAAGAAGCUCAAGAGGUUUUAACAACAAUAACAAUGACUGAAGGUUAUUAUGAAUCAUUUAUGAAUUAUGACUGAAGAAGGAACUUCAAAGCACAUUAUUUUUAAUCUUGUACCACUAACAAUUCAGACUGUCUUGCAGUGUGAAAUGCUAUGGCGUUCCUGCCCUUCAUACAUAUUUUUUGCUACAGCUGAAGUAACUAGCAAAAAAAAAAGUGAGGAAAUGCAUAAUUAAAUGGUCACCCAUCAACACUUUGUUUAACUGGUCAAGUCACAGGCUAAAUUAGUCUUUACUCCUUGUUGUUUCUUGUCUGAUUCCUGAAUUGUUUACAGUUUUCUGUAUGUUUGCCAAUGGGCAAUGUAGUUAGGUUAAUGUUGAGUUAGCAAACUUUUAUUGCUUAUGUGCACCCAAUAAAUUUUCUUUGGAAUGGA